UGACAUUCUCAUAACUUCUUUGUCUUCUUUACAAACUGCCAUGUCACAUUAAUUGUUUCUGUCUUUUUUUUCUUUCUUUUUUUUUUUCUCUCCAUCUUUUCUCACAAUGUCCAUACGUCACCUAGCAUGGGAAGUCAUCUCCUACAUAGCCCACGAGCUCGACGUGGACGACCUUUUCAACUUGUCUCUAUCUUGUCGACAUUUCCAAUGCCUCAUUCGUGACAACAACAUAUGCAAGAGGGUUCUCCAGUCGGCCGCCCCAUCCGCGCCCGAAACUAGGUCAGCUCAUGCCAGUAAAGAGUUUGCAAGAGCUUUACGGCUAAUUUUCAAGCGUCGAAAUGCAAUCUCGUCGGCCUCUCCAUACCUUGCCGCUGUUGUCGCCGACAAUGCGGAAUCAUUUGUUUAUUCGAAUGGGGUUCUCUGCUACAUUAGCAAGGGUCUGCUGAGGAUACGGGAUCUUCAUAAUUCGGCACCAACCGAAAGCGUCAUCGACGUCGGAAAAGUUUUAAAUACAGAUCACAACCUCUCCAGGACCAUCGGGAGCAAACAAAACUACAGUUUGCACAUUUUGCACUAUGCCAACGGUUUUAUUUCUUGCCGCUACGUACCCAAGGAUUCACCCGCCAGCUGGCUUAUUGUCAUCAACCCUUCUCAAGGCAGCGUGCUCAGCCAUGCACUUGCAUCCUCGCGGAAAAUCUUUGUGAGGAACAACGACCGAUUUCUCUACUAUGGCACUCACUGCGACAUUGCGGAGGACGGAAGCAGAAGGUGGGCACUACGAGGCUGUAAUCUUCUAGAUGGCAAGUGGCAUGGCUAUUUGACACAUCUGCCUGAGAUGAUCGGGUCCGAAAUUGGCACCAACAUCUGCUUUGAAAUCAUUGACGGCUACUUUUAUGCGCUUGCAAAUCAGGCCCUUUUCGAGAGGGAGGAGAUUCGCUGGACCUCCUAUUACACAUGUGUCCGAUUCCCCGUCAAUCAAGCCAAACCAAAAAGUACACAGUUGGGUACCAUGAAGGAGAUUUGGCGGAAAUUCCAUUCAGAGGGACCAAUCGACGACCGAUGGAAUUUCAUCAAUCUCACAAAGGAUGAGCGCACUGGCGCGUUGGCCAUCGUCGAGGGACGCAGGGAGUGGAGGGCAGGAGCCAGCGCCAGCCGUACAUACUACACAAGCGAGCUCCCGUUUCCAAGCGAGAUGGGCAACGUAUCAACAGCAUCCGAAAAUGCGGUGCCAAAUUACACUGCAGGUUCCUUAUCCCCCAACACUGCCUCUACCUCUUCAACAGACUCUUCGUGCAGCCCUGCAGAUACAGAUGAUGAUGAAGCACCUACGAGCAGAUCCCCACAUAUGGUGCACCCUGGGGAUACCGCUGCUACCCUACCUUUGCUAACUCUGAGCAACUCACUCCUGCGGUGCUACCAGUCAAGUUGCCAGACGUAUUUGGACCUCGUUAACCACGGCGAUUCAGACAAGAGGCAGGGGAUAAGACUGAGGGUCGGCUCAAGGAGUCUCCGUCCACAUUCAGAAAUAGGUCUGCCAAUCACACCUAUAGACGAAAACCCCCUUUAUCCUGACCAGCAGAUUAAGAGGCUGUACAAAUCGGCAGAAAUCAAGUUUUGGCCGCCCACACACUGGACAAACGAUAGCCGAAACGGUCGAGACCUCUAUGACAUUCUCAACCCACAGACGCACAGAGGAGAUUUCACAGGAAUGUGGGAUGAUAGAUCCAUGUGUUACGCAACAGGUGGUCUCAGUAAGACCAUUAUCUUCAUCUCGUUCGAUCCUUCCAUUCGCCUCGCGGGCAUCCGUCCAUGGUUUCCAGGACCGCAGGAGGAGAAACAAGGGAUUGAUCAGCACGUUGCUGCGGUUGGCGACAACGCAGCUGUGAGACGAGAGGAGCGUCUCAACCAAUUUCAGCACACCGAUGGACUUUCUUCCAAGUGUGCGCCUUUGCGAUUGUCAGGGGAGUCCGGUGGGGAGCAAUCUCGGAUCGAUAGGACCACCGAAUCAUCUCUGGCUGAAGGACGUGUGCUCGCGAAGACGGCAUCAUCAAAGACACCCCUUCCGACCAACAAUGACGAGUCUAACAAGCCAAAGUGGACCUGGGACGCGCAUCCAGUGCAUACUGGCAUCCACAAAGGGUUUCAUUUUGCGUUAUGAGGAACGCCCAGCAAAAGUAGGAGGCCUCGGAACUGCACUUGCGGAUAUGAAGUAGCACCUCAGGCCAGCACCGCAUGAUACCUUUGAAGAACAGAAAACAGAAUAUGCAAUGCACGCAGCCAGAAAAACGAGCUCUGAUCUCGAGGAUAUGGGGCACUCUGUUCCGCAACAGACACAUUCUAACCCCGCUCUCAUAUGCGUCUUUGUCUCGACCGGCCUCAACAUAAAGAUUGGGGGCCAUCGAUCCGCUUGUACAAGGCCUAAUGAGUUGGCACUGCAUGCCCACACAAGUCGGGCGAGCAACAAGGGCGAGGUGUGGUGGAAGCAGUGGGGUACCCUCAGCCUCACCGGGGGUUUGAAGCAGAAACAAUGGCAAGAUUUCGCAGGAGUGUCAGGUUUAGUUGACAAUACUCGCAAGGAGUUGACUAGAUUUCGGUCAAGUCUGCCUCAAACUUGGAGCAUCCAGUCGAAACUAUUCCUGUAAGACAUCUACCUGGGACGUGUCUGGCCCGUGAGACUAAACUCAGAAAGAGGGGGGAAACGAAACGAUGCAUGAAAGCCACGGUCUUGGCUUUUGUGAGAUGCGGCAAGGCUUUGGCUCCAAAUAUUCCCUGGCGAUACACAGCCCUGGCCCGACUGCUUCCGGGGCUCUGCUGCGCCUCGAUUUUGCUGGUUCGCCAUAUCGAGGGGAAACUCGACUGCCAUCCUGUGCGUCCGUAAGCUACAGGGGGACCGUCUGGGUUGACAUAUCUUUCUGAAAUAAUAACGUGUUGUCUGUCAUCUUGCAAUUCAGAUUAAAUCUCCGUCUAAACACCGAGUGCCCAAUCCCUUUGAAGUCGAGGCUGAAUACCACUCAUCAUUCUAACUCCCGCGGUGUUGGUGAGGGUCUGAUCAACCACGUGGCCUGAGCUGAUACGUAGCCCUUGUUCUCAACCGCCAAUUCUUGGCUAGUACUUAUCAAAACAAGCGAUACUUUCCCAGUUGCCCUCGUGCCAAUCUUGCCGCGUUCCACGACGUCUAGAAAAUGCUGAUACAUCCAGUCUCAAGAAAAAAACGAUGCCCAACUCCCGGAGCAACUCCCUUUCUCGACCUUGUCUUUGCCGCGGCUAAUUGGCUGCAUGCGCAGUUUUUAGCGGCCCUGACCGCUUUUGUUCCUGCAAAGCUGCAUUUUUGGCGAGACGAUGGCAGGACGCAUGCACCCAACCCCAAAUGCCCAUCCAAGACCUCGUCUAUUCUGGAGUUUGGGUCAUGUGCUCAAAACGGGAGACCCCUACCCAUGGUGUAAUUUUGAAGGCAGGAACAUUCUCAUGGCGUCUCCCCAAGGCUCACUGUCAUGAUGGGCAUUGCAUACCUACCUACCUACCUAGCACCUAUUUGAUACUCGGGUCGUUGAUAGGCCUUCUGUUGGGAUCGCGAGGUUGAGCUAACAAGAGCACGAGGAAAGGCAGGUCUUCCCACGGGGUUGAUUUCUCCUUUCUUUUUUCUUUUUCACAAGUCACCAGAUAGGAGAUGCAAAGGAGCCUCUUUCUCUCUCCGCCCCUCUUUUGGAGCAUUCAAGACCCAAGAGAGAAAAAAAAAAACAGGAUAUAUGCGUGGUCCCUAGCCGAGCCGCAGGAGGAUCUGCGAAGAGAAAGUAGAGCAAAAAAGAAGCCACCAAUAUAAAAACACCAAAGAAAGGGAAAUCUAGCAUGAACAUCCUCCCAUCGCAGAAUUGAAUGCAAAGUCCUAACCCCAGAUUUCUUUUGUGUUUUUAUUCCCAGGGAUUUAGCUACUGUGUGAUUUUUAACCCCCCAUUAUUGUGUACCGGGGAGGGUAGGAUGAAUGGGAGCUAGGGGAUAUG